AUGUCCUAUCCUCAGGGUUACCUCUACCAGCCCCCGGGCUCCCUGGCUCUUUAUUCGUGUCCGGCGUACGGGGCCUCGGCUCUGGCUGCCCCGCGGAGCGAGGACCUGGCGCGGUCGUCCUCCGGAUCAGCCUUCAGCCCGUACCCUGGAUCGGCUGCCUUCUCCGCGUCGGCUGGCGCCGGCUUCUCCAGUCCGCUGUCAUACGCCACGGAUCCAACUACGGGAUUCCCAUCCUACAUGAGCUCUCCAUAUGACGCGCACACGGCGGGCAUGGCGGGGGCGCUGGGUUACCACCCGUACGGGAGCCCCGGGUACCCGUACCAGCUCAACGACCCGGCUUACCGCAAGAACGCCACCAGGGACGCCACGGCCACCCUGAAGGCCUGGCUGCAGGAGCACAGGAAGAACCCGUACCCGACCAAAGGGGAAAAGAUCAUGCUGGCCAUUAUCACCAAGAUGACCCUGACGCAGGUCUCCACGUGGUUCGCCAACGCCCGGCGGAGGCUCAAGAAGGAGAACAAGAUGACCUGGGCGCCCAGGAACAAGAGCGAGGACGAGGACGAGGAGGACGGGGACGGGGAGAGGAAGGAGGUGGAGCGCUCCGAGAAGAACCUGGACAACAGCGAGGCGUCGGCGGAGGAUGAAGGGAUCAGUUUGCACGUCGACACGCUGACGGACCACUCCUGCCCCUCGGAGUCCGACGGGGAGAAGGUCAGCUGCCGAGUGGCCGAGCUGAGCUCCGACCAAGCCGGCGACAAGUGCGACGACGACGGCGAGGAGCAGAACCACGACCCGCGGGCUCAGCUCUCGCCCAAGGCCGUCACGUCGCCCCCGCUCACGGGAGUGGAGGCGCCGCUUCUCGGUCACCACCACCACCACCACCACCCACACCAUCUCCACCACCACCUGCAACACCUCCACCACCUACACAGCCAGCGGGAGGAUCUGGCCCGGAGCCUCGUCAACAGCAGCGGCCUCAUCGCCGGCAAAUCGUCCCCGUGCCUGGAGAGCCGGGCUCCGUCGGGGGUGCCUCAGAUCCCCGCAGCCAAGCCCAAGCUGUGGUCGCUGGCGGAGAUCGCUACCUCGGACCAUAAGCAGCAACAUCCGCAGCAGCAGCCACCGGGGCAGCAUGCAGGGCAACCGACCUGCCCCUCCUCCUCCGGCGGCGGGGGGCUCCUCACUCCCCCCACGUCCUCCACCAGCUCCCCGGCUGCCGGCUCCCCCUCCCUCUACCCGGCCCCCUCCAUCCUUGGAAGACCUAUUUAUUACACUUCUCCCUUUUAUAGCAAUUACACAAACUAUGGCAACUUCAGCCCCCUGCAGGGCCAAGGGAUCCUGCGCUACACUAAUUCGUCUGGAGUGAGUCUGGCCGCAGCCGCCGCCGCUGCCGCCGCCGCCGCCGCUGCUGCGAACGAGGGCCUGAGCUCCUCGCACCAGGGGCUGGAGGCGAGCACGAACCCCAAGCACAGGCCAGACUCCCCCCUCGUUAAACAUAACACAAACCACAUUGUUGUUGUCGAGCAGCAGCAGCAGCAACAACAACAGCUUUUCAGAGCCGCACAUUUAGAGGCAAAGAAAGCUACGUAG